GCAAAAUACGGUACGUUAACGUAGGGGCAGGAAAUAUUAAAUAAGCUGGCCAGAACCAAAGCGAAGCUGUCACUUAGGCUGAGAUUUAUUAACUCUGAAGAGGAGCAAAUUAAAGGUUUUGAUGGACCCAUCAAUCCCACCACUGUGAUUUUUCCAAAGGUUGAACCUUUGGGGAGCUACAGUCGUUGCACUAACAGGUUUUUAAAGGUUAGGCAUUGGCGCUUCUGUCUGGAGCAGCUCUGCAGAGGAGUUGUUGUUUUUUUCCUUCUUCUUUCAUGCUUUAUUAUUUCCUGAUUCUGCAGUGGGAUGGGUCUGUUGAGAAAGAUUUUCAUUCCCUUUGUAGGAUUGGUUUUGGCCUUCUGUUUUUAUUCAGCAAGGGAGGAUUUUAAACCUGAGAUGCUGAAAGGGAAGCGAGUGAUUGUCACUGGAGCAAGCACUGGAAUUGGAGAGCAAAUGGCUUAUCACCUGGCGCGGAUGGGAGCCCAUGUUCUGAUCACAGCACGGACGGAAGCCAAGCUUCAGAAAGUCAUCACACGGUGUCUGGAGCUGGGUGCAGCCUCCGCGCAGUAUGUGAGCGGCAGCAUGGAGGAUGAGGCCUUUGCCGAGCAUGUGGUGAAGGAGGCUGAGCUACUGCUGGGAGGCCUAGACAUGCUGAUCCUCAACCACGUUGGCAACUCAUACUUCAACUAUUUCGACGGAGACGUGGGGCACGUGCAGAAGCUUCUGAAGAUUAACUUUCUCAGCUACGUGGCCAUGACUGUUUCGGCGCUGCCCAGGCUGAAAGACAGCAGGGGCAGCAUCGUGGUGGUUUCAUCCAUGGCAGGUAAAGUUGGGUUUCCAUUUACUGCUCCCUACUCUGCAACGAAGUUUGCCCUAGAUGGGUUUUUCAGCUCCUUGCGGCAGGAAUUAAUCAUUCAGAAGGUUGAUGUUUCCAUCACGCUCUGUAUACUCGGCUUCGUUGAUACAGAAAGUGCCAUGAAAGCAGCUUCUGAUGUGGUUCUGGUGUCCCCUGCACCGAAGGAGGAGUGUGCGCUGGAAAUCAUCAAGGGGGGAGCCCUCCGCCAACGGGAAAUUUACUACAAAUACGCAGCUACCAAAAUCCCCCUCUUGAUCCGGGACUGGGCUCCAGAACUCCUGGAUUAUCUGAUCAGAAGAAGCUACAAUGUGGAGAACCUAAAGAAAAAUUAAUCAGUCUGAGUUCUCCAGUGCCUUUCCGCUCAUACCUGUCUCUGGGGUUACCUUAAUCAAGGCCUGGUGUGCUGUGGAGCUCCCUAGCCCAGGCUCCUUCUCACUUAGGGAAUGCAAUGCUGGGAUCCCUCAUCGUGUGACCCUGGGAUCAUGUGGCAUUUUACAGUCCUGAAAACCAUUGCAGCAUGCCUAGGGUUGCCAGGUGUCUGGUUUUCGACUGGAACGCCCGUCAAAAAGGGACCCUGGUGGCUCCAGUCAGCACCGCUGACCAGGCCGUUAAAAGUCCAGUAGGCACUGCAGCGGGGCUAAGACAGACUCCUUGCCUGCUGUGGCUCCGCGCGGCUCGCAGAGCCAGCAGCAUGUCCCCCCUCCGGCUCCUACGCGUAGGGGCAUCCAGGGGGUUCUGCCCGCUGCCCCCGCUCCAAGCAACAGCUCUGUAGCUCCCAUUGGCCAGGAACAGCGGGCAAUGAGAGCUGUGGGGGCGGCGCCUGCGGAUGAGGUGGCGCACAGAGCUGCCUGGCCACGCCUCUGCGUAGGAGCUGGAGGGGGGACACACCACUGCUUCUGAGAGCUAUCUGAGGUAAGCGCUGCUCACAGCCUGCACCCCUGACCCCCUCCUGCGCCCUGGCCCAGACCUGAUCCCCUCCCACCCUCUGAACCCCUCGAACCCAGCCUGGAGCACCCUCCUGUACCUCA